AUGUUUCUUCUUUCUGAUUCAAGUGUCUCUGACCAGGAAGACGAAGACCGCAUCAUCCAGGAAUAUUCCUCUCCAGUCACCUAUGAAUCAAGGCUAGGGUACUCGCCUCUCACGGGAGCUGCUUCGUGGAAUCCUGGAGACUACACGGUGGUAGAUUCCCAAUUUCUCCAUGCUUUCAUAAAUGGGUUCAUGCCCGCUGUAUCUCCACAAUUUUGUCAUCCUAGACUUCAACCUAGAGCUGUUUUCUUGCCGCACGGACAAUCCGAGCCUUUAAUGCAAGAACUUUUCUUUGCUUGUGGUGCUGCGUUCAUGGGUGGAAACAACCCCGAUCUAAAAGCAGUGGCAGAAAGGAAAUAUCACACUGUGUUCAACAAAUUCACUCGACGGUUGUCCCAAUCGAAUGGUGUCAUCGAGGAGUGGAUGGUUGUAGCCACAUUGCUUUUCACCCUUCGGGACAAAUUCACAGGCACAACACCUGAGCUGCCAGUGGCACACUUAUCCCAGACAAUCAACUUGAUCCGUACCCUUCGUGCGCAGUUGGGAGACUACUCAAUAACCAUGAAGUUCUUUGUUGAAAGCUUCUUGUUCAACUACAGCGUGAUGCUCAUAUCUGGAGGAAAGAUGAUUAGAGAAAUGCAGCUCCCUUCGCCAUUUGAGAUCUUCGAUGAAUGUAGAAGGGCUUUCAACUACCGACCCUUUAGGUGUGCGGUCCCUUUCAUGAAUAACCCAGUAUUUGGGGCAGCAAGUCUGGCAUUUGAAUUGGCAGCGAAAGCUUCGUGGCUUGUAUCCAAAUGUCCUCUUGACAAGCACGAUAUGGUGAUAGUAUGCGAUCUCCUAGGCGAGACAUACCGAAUGGAAAGACCAGAAAUACGACUAGGGCCCGGAGACAAAAUUUCGGCCCAAGAAUUCGUUCAACUUCAAGAAAGUGUUGCUGUGAGUGAUGUGACCAUACUAGCGUGCCAGCUACUUCUCUUGAGGAUGUUGAAUCCCGGACUUCUUCUGCUGCACGAUAUCGUCAAAGAGCGUGUCAAGCAGAUAAUUACACUCUUCAGGCUAUUUUCCAUCGAUACACAGCUCUGGGUUGUAUGUAGCUGGCUGCUCUUGGUUACUGGCCUAAGCCGACAUCGCAAGACGAAGUGUAAUGAGGGCCGACCUCAGUGUGCCAACUGUGUGAAGAUGAACAUUGAAUGUGUGUGGCCAGCAUCACUGCUCGCUAGUCUACCUCAUGGAAGCAGCUUCAAGAUUAAGAAACUUCCUAAGAAGAUAGGGGUUGAUUUCAUUUUUUAUGGAGAUCAGAAAUGCGGAGAAACCAAUUCUCGGGUUAGCCAAGUGACUUCCAAACACAAAGGCACGAAGUUCAAAGUCCAUGAAAUGAAGUUCAAGGUCCAUGAAAUGAAGAAGGAAGAGAAUAAUGAUCUUGUGGAGAAAAUUUCAACUUUCCAGGAACCUUUGAACCUGGAAAGUUUAAGUCUCGACGAUUUGAUUCAGAACUCCCCGGACCAGGAAAAUUCAGACCUGGAUCCAUUGGGCCUGGAAGCUUUGGACCUGGACGCUUUGAACCUGGACGCUUUGAACCUGGACGCUUUGAACCUGGAUACUUCAAAUCAGGAAGUUUCUGAGAAGCUUUCUCUGUAUGAGAAACUUUGCUACAGUCAGUCCGAAGACAACCAAGAUGAAGAAGAUCAUGAAUUCAUAGAGUCUUCACCUCAAGACUUUGCCAACUCUCUCCAAGUUAGUUUCCCAAGGGAGAAUGACAACGAUGAUCUAAUAAAUUCAGUCUUUCCUCUGUUUUUCAACUCACCUCAAGCGCUUGAUGACGAACAGAAUCUGGUUCCAUACCUUGGCCUUACGCCGCUCUCAGGAAAUAAAACCUGGUUAAGUGGAGUGGAAUUCUCCAACAAUGAACCACUCUUUCUUCAUGCGUUUAUCCACGGAUUUAUCCCGUCUAUCUCGCCUCAGCAUUGUCAUCCACAGCUUACUCCCUUGGCUGUUUUUGUUCCGCAAGGAAUCCUUGAACCUAUAGUGAGAGACGUUUUCUACGCCUGUGGUGCAGCAUUCAUAGCUCAUGGGAAUCCACAGAUACUUCCGAUCGCCCGUCGUCGUUAUGCCAACUGCUUAGCCUCGUUUGCCAAUCGUUUGUCGGCUACAAAAGGCAAAAUUGAGGAGUGGAUGGUGGCUGCUGCUCUACUCUUCACUCUCAGAGACAAGUUCUCAGGGACAACGCCAGAACUUCCCACUACACACUUGUCAAAAGCAGUGGAAUUAAUCCGUAUCCUACGAAAGACAGCCGGUGACAAAUCUGUUACCCUCAAGUUUUUUGUUGACAGUUUCCUCUUCAACUAUUCUGUUGUACUCAUUACAAGCGGACCACUUGCCAAAAAACUUUUACCUUCGCCAUUUAAAAUUUUUGAUGAGUGGCGUUCGGUCUACGAAUACCAGCCUUUCCAAUGUUUUGCUCCAUGGAUGAAUAACCCUGUUUUUGGAGCAGCAACAAAAUCAUUUGAGCUUGCUGCCAAAGCAUCAUGGCUAGUGCACCUGUUCCCACUCAACGACAACGAUAUGGUCACGGCAUGUGCCCUUUUGGCAGAAUCAUAUCAAUUGGAGCUGCCCAAACUUUCCAAACCUACGAAAGAAUUGUCAUCCCGAGACUUUCUACAUGUGCAACAGAGCGUCGCCGUCAAUGACAUCUGUAAAUUGGCUACUCAACUUCUCCUCAUACGACUCAUGCAUCCCACUUUGGAACUGGGCCACGAGAUUGUCAGCUGCAGGGUCAGGCAAAUUUUAGACAUUGCAAAGACAAUUUGUAAGGACUCCACUCUCUGGGUCAUCUGCAGCUGGCUGCUCAUGAUAACUGGCCUAUGUGUAGAGAACGAUGAGGAUCGAGAAUUUGUUCUGGAUAACUGCCGUCGAGCAGCAGAACUUUUCCGUGCUGCCUUAUGGGCGAAGAUAUGUGACUUUUUGGAGGAGGCAUGGGGUUGUGCCGAUCAUCCUGGCCCUGGAUGGAAUCAUAUUUUUGAUGUCAAGGCAUUACUGACUCUCUGUCUCUGA